UAUAAAACUGAGCUGAAAAUCUCUCACUUCCAUUAUGAAGAGGAUUACCAGGAGGAAGUUUAGGAGCUGCUUUAUCAUCUGCUGAAAGUUUCCAGUAAUGAGAAGCAGCCAUUCUUUUUCAUGGAUAUGUUUUGUUCUUGUUGCCACACUGCCGGUUUGACUCUGUGACCGAUAAAGCAGAAACUGGCGGAUCUCUGACUCAUAUCUGUAGAUGUGCAUAAUGGCCAAUUUCUACAGAUCAUCUAACUUACUGCUGCAGCUGAUUUGUUUGGCAUUACUUCAAGGUUUUGCGGCUGGAAAACUGGUCGUGUCGCCUGAAGUGACAGGAUACCUCGGGCGAAACGUGACCCUGCCGUGCGACUUCAUCCAACCAAAUGAAGACCGCAAAGUCAGCAUUACUCAGUUCCAGUGGGUUCUCCUGCAGCCAGAAGGAAAUCAAACCACUCUUGUUGUUGUUAGUAAAGAGUAUGGAAAAAAAGUACAUGACUCUCCUCUGAAGGGGAGAAUAGAGAUUAUUGAACAUUCACUCAGAAUUCUCAACGUGGAGUUGACAGACGCCGGGCUGUACAAAUGCAGCAUGACCACCUAUCCACUUGGGCCAUUCGAACGAGACACCAAACUUAUUGUUCGAGCCCAGUAUCACCCGGAAGAGUCUCCAGCUGCUCACGAACAGGCGCCGUUAUCAGCGGGGACGAUUUCAGCGAUCAUGACAGCAGUGGUCCUGCUGGUAAUGAUAACAACAGCAAUGAUUUACCUGUUCCUCGUCAGAAAAUGUAAUUCUUCAGCCAGGCACCGCGUCUUAAUUGAUACAGCCGGUCCGGCGAUUGACGUAACCAGACCAUCUGUGCUCAGAAGAGACGAGGAUCUGGUCUACUCUGACGUCACGCUCAAACCCCACAAAGGCGGCACUCCUUCAUCCAAUGACAAGCGCAGAGAGGCUGCAGAGGCCGAUAGUGUCACAUACUCUGAAGUCAUUAUUUCUCCUCAGCGGCACAGAUGAGCCGGUGUGUAAAUGUGGGAAUGAUAACGCUCCUUCUUACUUUUGCAAGUGUAACUGCAGAAAAGCUCCUGAAGCCACUGUAUGCAUUCAGCAUGGUGUCACCAUUCAGUGAAAUCCCCACACACUGGUGUGAUCUUAAUGUUUGUCGCUGCUGCAGGCCCUCCUUUGAUACGCUCAUGCAGACCGUACUUCAGCUCAGAGAUUAGGGCUAUCUAAACCAAAGUGCUCAUAGUUUUUAUUGCAGGAGUGUUUAUGUGCAGCAGAAGCUGGUCUCUUUUUCAUCUUCACCAUUAGAAUAUAAUGGAAAACUUAAACGCUUGCUUGGUCAUUUCUACACUGAACAUAUAAACUCAAGAGGUUACAGAAUCUUUUUUGACAUUAUUAUUAUGUCCCACUUAAAACAAGCAAAGUAUGCGAUCUUAUAGAAAAUAAUCUUUCAGACACUAUUUUUGGUUUUCAUGAUAUAUAAGCUAUAAUGAAAAAGACGAAAAUUAAAAAAAAUUCUUUGUUUUUAUGUUGAAGUUUAAUUAUUUGAAUUAAAUAUGUGAAAUAGGG